GUGAAACGCGAAGAAGGUAGGGGCAGCAGUGGGAGGCCGUGGUUGGAUAAUGUCUGACGUGGAAGAAGGUGUCAGGACUGAGUUACCAACUUCUUGGCAAAACACGUCGUAACGACAACCUUUGUCGCCUCUCCGUGAGCCGCCGCGGUCUCCACAGUGCACAGCAGAAUGAGUCUGGAUAAAGCAAAGCUGUGUGACUCUCUGUUGACCUGGUUACAAACGUUUCAGGUUCCUUCAUGCAACAGCAAGUACGACCUAACAAAUGGUGUGGCCAUUGCACACGUACUGCACAGAAUAGACCCCUCUUGGUUUAAUGAGACAUGGCUGGGCAGGAUCAAGGAGGAGAGCGAGGCCAACUGGCGCCUCAAGGUCAGCAACUUGAAAAAGAUCCUUAAAAGCAUGCUGGAAUAUUACCACGACGUGCUCGGUCAUCAGGUGUCAGACGAGCAUUUGCCCGACGUGAGCCUCAUAGGAGAGAUGGGAGAUGUCACUGAACUGGGCAAGCUGGUGCAGCUUGUACUGGGCUGUGCUGUGAGUUGUGAGAAGAAACAAGAGCAAAUCCAGCAGAUUAUGACACUUGAGGAGUCAGUCCAGCAUGUUGUGAUGACAGCCAUUCAGGAGCUGUUAGCAAAGGAGCCUUCAUCUGAACCAGGAAGCCCAGAGACAUAUGGGGACUUUGAUUACCAGUCCAGGAAGUAUUAUUUUCUCAGCGAGGAGGUCGAUGAGAAGGAGGACCUGAGCCAGCGCUGCCGAAACCUUGAACAACAGUUGUCUCUGAGUCUGGAGGAGAAGUCGUCCUUACAGGCGGAGAUCGGCUCCCUGAAGGAGAGGCUGAGGCUGUCCGAUUCUCUGGACGCUUCCACCAACAUCACCGGCAAGAAGCUGCUGCUGCUGCAGAGUCAGAUGGAGCAGCUUCAGGAGGAGAAUUACAGAGUGGAGAGCAGCAGAGAUGACAUGCGAGUCCGGGCAGAGAUCCUGGAGCGCGAGGUGUCCGACCUGCAGCAUCGAAAUGAAGACUUGACAAGCCUGGCACAGGAGGCCCAAGCCCUCAAAGACGAGAUGGACAUUCUCAGACAUUCGUCCAACCGGGUCAAUCAACUUGAAGCUCUUGUGGAGACGUACAAGAGGAAACUGGAAGAUCUGGGAGACUUGCGCAGACAGGUGCGCCUCCUGGAGGAGCGCAAUACUGUGUACAUGCAGCGCACCUGCGAGCUAGAGGAGGAGCUGCGGAGGGCCAACGCUGUCCGCAGUCAGCUGGACACCUACAAGAGACAGGCUCAUGAGCUUCACACCAAGCACUCAGCAGAGGCCAUGAAAGCUGAGAAGUGGCAGUUUGAGUACAAAAACCUUUAUGACAAAUAUGAUGCACUGCAGAAAGAGAAAGAACGUCUGAUCUCAGAGAGAGACACACUUCGGGAGACAAAUGAUGAACUCCGGUGUGCACAGGUCCAACAAAGGUGUCUGAGUGAAGCAGGAGAAUUGUGUGAUGGAGGCGUCACAGUGGGAAACCUUGCUGCAGAGAUUAUGCCCACUGAGCUCAAGGAGACCGUGGUACGUCUGCAGAGCGAAAACAAGAUGUUAUGUGUUCAGGAGGAGACCUACAGACAGAAGCUGGUGGAGGUUCAGACUGAGCUGGAAGAAGCUCAGCGCAGCAAGAAUACUCUAGAAACUCAGAACAGGUUGAACCAGCAGCAGAUCUCAGAGCUGCGUUCUCAAGUAGAAGAGCUCCAGAAAACACUCCAGGAGCAGGACAGUAAGAACGAGGAUGCCAUCUCCUCCUUAUUGAAGAAAAAGCUUGAGGAGCAUCUAGAGAAGCUCCAUGAAGCCCAUUCAGACCUCCAGAAGAAGAGAGAAGUCAUUGAUGAUCUGGAGCCCAAAGUGGACAGCAACAUGGCCAAGAAGAUAGAUGAACUCCAGGAGAUCCUUCGAAAGAAGGACGAGGACAUGAAGCAGAUGGAAGAGCAGUACAAACGCUACGUGGAGAAAGCCAGAACGGUGAUCAAAACUCUGGAUCCCAAACAGCAGCCGGUAACUGUGAGUCCUGACAUUCAGGCUCUGAAAAACCAGCUGACAGAGAAGGAGAGAAAAAUCCAGCAUCUAGAGUACGACUAUGAAAAGAGCAGAGCUAGACACGACCAGGAGGAGAAGCUCAUCAUUACUGCGUGGUACAAUAUGGGUCUAACACUACAUCAGACGGUGUCUGGGGAGAGACUGGGUCCCUCCAACCAGGCCAUGUCUUUCCUCGCCCAGCAGAGACAGUCCACAAACGCCAGGAGAGGCCUGACACGACACCUCCCAAGAUGAAACACCCAGGCAGGACGGAGAUGAAGUGUUCCACUUCAUCUUAUCUGUCUGCAUCUCUGCCUUUAACUGCUUCAGUGGAUCAGAUUUUUUUUUCUCAUGCUGCUGCUGCCCCCUGCUGGCUCUCUGCUGUAUGACAACGUUGAUUUUAUCUGCAGAGCCUCAGAGGACGAGGGCACUACUGAGCUGAACAGAAAUGACAGGAACAGAUGUAAAUGAGGCUUUCUCACCUUUUAAGGUGACUCGUAGUUCCUCUGUAGCUUCUGGGAUUCACUCCUGAUUCUUAAAAUGUCCAAAUUUGAGAUUUUUUUUAAAUAUAUUUUCAAUCUUGGGAAGGAAGAUGGAAGCAGUUUAAAGAUAGUAGACCAGAAGUGCAUUUGUAUGAGUUUUGCAAUUACUACUGAAGACGAUAUGAAGCAACAUGAGCUGUUUAUACCAACAGAUACAGCAAAGAACAAGACUUUAAGGUAUUUUUAUUUGAUUUCAUGUAUUUUGUUUUUUGUAAAUUAGGAGUUUGAGAUUUCUUUUUGGAUUUGAAGGAUCUAGGUAUACAUCAUCGUCAGUCGUAAUUUCUUUUGUCUUUGGUUUGUACUGUGAAAAUGAUGGAUAUUACAUUUUAGAGAACACCAAAGCACUUUUUCUCAGUGGAAGGGUGGGUUUGUUUAGUGCCUCAUAUACUUUCUUUUUGGAAGAGACUGAUUUGAGAUAUUUGCUGCUUAAACACCCAUUUUUUCUCAAAAAUAGACUUAAAGCUGACACUACAAGUUUAUGUAAAUUUUUUUCCCUCAGCAUUUAUCUCAUUUGUUGUCUAAAGCUGUAAUUAUGACUUGAGAAUCUUUUUUUUUCUUUUUUCUAAUUCUCCUCCCUCUUUCCAAAGAUUGAAACAGGGUACGUGGUUGUGAGUUGAACUUAAUGCACGCACCACUUUAGACUGAUGGUUUACACAACAGUAAAAACAAUGUGAAACAGGCCUUUGUGAUUAAACUAAAAACAGUGACUCAGCUAGUGGCUGUUGAACUGGAAGGAGUCGUGUACAUCAGUGUAGCUCUGGAAUUCACGGUUUGCUGACAGGAAGUGAGACGCAGAUAAAAAAAGCUUGAGCACAUUUUAUCAAACACUACAUCUGCCUUUAAUCACUACCUCUAAUUUUGUUUUUAAAACAAUCAUUUUUGUCUAUCCCAUAUCAGAGCUGCAGUUUUGUGACUUGUAUCUCCCUGCAAAUGUUUUGACCUAAGCAGACCUGAAUCCUAAUGUGUGCACACAUUUUUCUACGUAUCUUUCAUUAUUUUAAUCUGUAUUUAUGGUGUGGAGUCAUAACUGUAGCACAUUUGCAUGGCGUGACAAAGGUUUUUGGGUUUUUUUUCACUCUUUGUGUCAUACAAAGGUCUAGUAGAUGAUGGCAUGCUGCUGAUGGCACAGGGAUCUAAUGCAAGUUAAGAUUUGUAAUCCUGUCUGUUCUACUUUUGCACAACAAAUAAAUGGGAUCUUAAGAUAAACAUGAAA